AUGAAUUACAAAGCGGCACUUGAUGUGUUUGUCCAAUCCGGCAAGGAUUUUGCCAUAGUGUAUCGAUCCGCUAAGCAGGCGGCCAGUGUAUCCAGAAUCCUCGUUCUAGAUUCGUCAUUCAAUCCUCCUCACAUGGCGCAUUUCACCCUUGCCAAAGAGGCCAUUGACCAUGACUUUGGCGAUGCAAGAGCACACCCGGAACUCUCCGAGCUGCCCAAGAUGCUCUUGCUUCUACUUUCGGUGAAAAAUGCCGACAAAGUCGUCCCGAAACCGGCUCUGUUUGACCACAGAUUGGCCAUGAUGCACAGGAUGGCGUCGUCUCUAGAAUCACUCGAACUUCCCGUUGCUAUCGGACUUACUAAACACGCUAAGUUUGCUGACAAGUCCGCGGCGAUCCAGGCCCACUGCUCUGUGGAACCGCAGGCAAACUACGCGUCUGCAAGAUUGACUUUUUUGCUUGGCUUCGAUACGCUUAUACGUGUUUUGGAUCCCAAGUACUACGCGCCGGCAUCCUUGGUGGACUCGCUCAAUGAUUUUAUGUACAACACAGAUCUCUUUUGCUUGACUCGGGCAGACACUGGCGAGGAGUUCGACCAGCAGCAAAACUACAUAGGUCGCAUAGCCCGAGGCGAGUUCCCGGAUAUCCCGCGCCUGUGGGCCCGCAACAUCAUUUUGACGUCUGUCCAGACCGCCCGGGAAUCCAUUGGAUUCAUAAGCUCGUCAGCUAUCAGACAGGCCUACGCUACCGGAGCCGUGGCCCAAAGCCCGCCAUUGCUCAAGGAAGUUGACGAGUAUAUUCGCAGCAAUGACUUAUAUAGUGAGGAUACCACGUAG